AUGAUCGAUCUGAAGUACCACGUACAGCGUCACCAGACUAAUGGCCGUUACGAGUGCCGCGACUGCAAGAAGGUGUUCUCGCAUAUCUCUACCUACCAGGGACAUCUCAAAUACACCAGGGCGCAUGUUUCUGACCACGUAUUCAAGUUCCAAUGUCCGAAGUGCAGCAAGGGCUACUCGACCAAAAAGGCGAUGCAGGACCACUUUAAUUACCACCACCUAGGUAAAACGUCGCACAAAUGCCUCAUCUGCAACAAGCCAAUGGCAACCAAAGCCUGCGUAGAAAGGCACAUGAUGAGACUACACGGGGAGAAGAAAGAGAAGCCGAGAACCCACAUUUGUGAGCAAUGCGGGAAAGCAUUCGCUGACAAGAAAACCUUGAUACAGCACGAGAUUACCCACUCCGGCGCAAGACCACUAUCCUGUGAUAUAUGCCAGCAGACGUUCAAGCAUAAAGCGUCCUUAUACACGCAUAGAAAGAAAGUUCACAACAUAGCAAUAGCGAAGAAAGUUGUCGAAUUCAUGGACACGCAGAACGCGGGAGCGUAG